CAUGGCAUCCACGGAAGGUGCCAACAACAUGCCCAAGCAGGUCGAGGUGCGAAUGCACGACAGCCACCUCAGCUCAGAAGAGCUUCCGAAGCGCCGGAACCUGGGGCUGCGAAUGUGCGACAAGCUGGGGAAGAACCUCCUGCUCACUCUGACGGUGUUUGGUGUCAUCCUGGGGGCAGUCUGUGGAGGGCUUCUCCGCUUGGCCUCUCCUAUCAACCCCGAUGUGGUCAUGUUAAUAGCCUUCCCAGGGGACAUACUCAUGAGGAUGCUGAAGAUGCUCAUCCUUCCUCUAAUCAUCUCUAGUUUAAUCACAGGCUUGUCGGGCCUGGAUGCUAAAGCCAGCGGGCGCCUGGGCACGAGAGCCAUGGUGUAUUACAUGUCCACCACCAUCAUCGCCGCCGUCCUGGGGGUCAUCUUGGUCUUGGCAAUCCACCCAGGGAACCCCAAACUUAAGAAGCAGCUGGGGCCUGGGAAGAAGAAUGACGAAGUGUCUAGCCUGGAUGCCUUUCUGGACCUCAUUCGAAACCUCUUCCCGGAAAACCUUGUCCAAGCCUGUUUUCAACAGAUUCAAACAGUGACGAAGAAAGUCCUGGAGGCACCUCAGUCAGAAGAGGAGAGCAAUGUAACCACCUCUGUUGUCUCCCUGUUGACCGAGACGGCAACAGAGGCACCUGAAGAAAUGAAGGUGGUUAUCAAGAAGGGCCUGGAGUUCAAGGACGGCAUGAAUGUCUUAGGUCUGAUAGGGUUUUUCAUUGCUUUCGGCAUCGCCAUGGGGAAGAUGGGAGAGCAGGCCAAGCUGAUGGUGGAAUUCUUCAACAUUUUAAAUGAGAUUGUAAUGAAGCUGGUGAUCAUGAUCAUGUGGUACUCUCCCCUGGGUAUUGCCUGCCUGAUCUGUGGGAAGAUCAUCGCCAUCAAGGACUUAGAAGUGGUUGCCCGGCAGCUGGGGAUGUACAUGGUCACGGUGAUCGUGGGUCUCAUCAUCCACGGGGGCAUCUUUCUUCCGUUGAUUUACUUUCUGGUGACCAGGAAAAACCCUUUCACCUUCUUCGCUGGCAUUUUCCAAGCUUGGAUCACUGCCCUGGGCACCGCUUCCAGCGCUGGGACGUUGCCUGUCACCUUCCGUUGCCUGGAAGAAAAUCUGGGGAUCGAUAAGCGCGUGACCAGAUUCGUCCUCCCUGUCGGGGCAACCAUCAACAUGGACGGCACGGCCCUGUACGAAGCGGUGGCUGCCAUCUUCAUUGCCCAGAUGAACGGCGUGGUCCUGGACGGAGGCCAGAUCGUGACUGUGAGCCUCACGGCCACGCUGGCAAGUGUUGGAGCAGCCAGCAUCCCCAGUGCUGGGCUGGUCACCAUGCUCCUCAUCCUGACAGCUGUGGGCCUGCCGACGGAGGACAUCAGCCUGCUGGUGGCUGUGGACUGGCUGCUGGACAGGAUGAGAACUUCAGUCAAUGUUGUGGGUGACUCUUUUGGGGCUGGGAUUGUCUAUCACCUCUCCAAGUCCGAGCUGGAUAACAUUGACUCCCAGCACCGAGCGCAAGAAGAUAUUGAAAUGACCAAGACUCAGUCCAUUUAUGAUGACAUGAAGAACCAUAGGGAGAGCAACUCUAAUCAAUGUGUCUAUGCCGCACACAACUCUGUCAUAGUAGAUGAGUGCAAGGUAACUCUGGCAGCCAAUGGGAAGUCAGCAGAUGGCAGUGUUGAGGAAGAACCUUGGAAACAUGAAAAAUAAGGACGUGACUCUCAGCAAUUUCUUGAAUAAACUCCCCCACGUAUCUCAUGGUAAAAGAGAAUAUAAACAAGCUUUCUUUAAA